CGGGCUCUGUUCCGGCUACCUUAGUCUGGGCUGGAGGGCCUGAGCGAGGGCGCCUGGGAGAAACUUCGUCCAGCGGCGGUUGAUUAGUCAGGCCUCAGAAAGAUGGCGUCCUCGGAGCAGGCAGAGCAGCCGAGCCAGCCAAGCUCUACUCCAGGAAGUGAAAAUGUGCUGCCUCGAGAGCCGUUGAUUGCUACGGCAGUGAAGUUUCUUCAGAAUUCCCGGGUCCGCCAGAGCCCACUUGCAACCAGGAGAGCAUUCCUUAAGAAGAAAGGGCUGACAGAUGAAGAGAUUGAUAUGGCCUUCCAGCAGUCCGGCACUGCUGCUGACGAGCCUUCGUCCUUGGGCCCAGCCACACAGGUGGUUCCUGUCCAGCCCCCUCACCUCAUAUCUCAGCCAUACAGCCCCGCAGGCUCCCGAUGGCGAGAUUACGGCGCCCUGGCCAUCAUCAUGGCAGGCAUUGCAUUUGGCUUUCACCAACUCUACAAGAAAUACCUGCUCCCCCUCAUCCUGGGCGGCCGAGAGGACAGGAAGCAGCUGGAGAGGAUGGAGGCCAGUCUCUCUGAGCUGAGUGGCAGCGUGGCCCAGACAGUGACUCAGUUACAAACCACCCUCGCCUCCGUCCAGGAGCUGCUGAUUCAGCAGCAGCAGAAGAUCCAGGAGCUCGCCCAUGAGCUGGCCGCUGCCAAGGCCACCACAUCCACCAACUGGAUCCUGGAGUCACAGAAUAUCAACGAACUCAAGUCCGAAAUUAACUCCUUGAAAGGGCUUCUUUUGAAUCGGCGGCAGUUCCCUCCGUCCCCGUCAGCCCCGAAGAUCCCCUCCUGGCAGAUCCCAGUCAAGUCCCCGUCACCCUCCAGCCCCGCAGCUGUGAACCACCACAGCAGCAGCGACAUCUCACCUGUCAGCAAUGAGUCCACGUCGUCCUCGCCUGGGAAGGAGGGCCAUAGCCCCGAGGGCUCCACAGUCACCUACCACCUGCUGGGCCCCCAGGAAGAAGGCGAGGGGGUGGUGGACGUCAAGGGCCAGGUUCGGAUGGAGGUGCAGGGUGAGGAGGAGAAGAGGGAGGACAAGGAGGACGAGGAGGACGAGGAGGAUGACGACGUGAGCCACGUGGAUGAGGAGGACUGCCUGGGGGUGCAGAGGGAGGACCGUCGGGGCGGGGACGGGCAGAUCAACGAGCAGGUGGAGAAGCUGCGGCGGCCCGAGGGUGCCAGCAAUGAGAGCGAGCGGGACUAGGGCCACGCCCGCCUUCAGCCCCAAGGACGGUGUCCAGUGUGCCAGUGCGUGCCCACGCCCUGCCUCCCGCUCUGGUCCUGGGAGGGCAGCUUGGAGCCCAGGUAGGGGACAGAGCUGUCCUCAGCUGUACUGCAACAUGGCGGCAGCCAUGUCGAAAGUCACAUUCUGUCCACCUGGCCUCCUCUCGCCUGGCCACUAGCCCCAGCCCCAGCCCCAGCCCCAGCAGCCUUCGGCUUUGAUCUCAAGUCAGGCUGAAGGCAGUGAAGCCUCAGGGCUCAAACCCCUGCCCAGCCCCCUCUCCCGGACAGACGCCUUGUCCAGGGUGUGUGUGCUGAGUGUCUUGACUACCGUGACACCACGCAUGGCCAGAGCUAGUGUCCCUACUCUCUCCUGACUCCUCAAUGGAGGAGGCGCUGCGGUCCCUCUGGUGUCUGCCGUCCCCUCUCUCCCUGGGCCCAGCCCUGGAUCCCUCAGGUGCCUGUCCUCAGCCCAAGCUCCACCCGUGCCCCGUUGUCCUCCCAGACAAAUGAAACCACGCUGUGCUUCUGAUGCCCUCGCUUGCCGUGUAAUGGUUCAGCUAAUCCCAUGGCGAGACGGCGCUCACUCCCUCGGAGGAGCCAGGCACGGGGCCUUCCUGACCAACAGCCAGCUCUGUCCUUCCCCCCCAAGAAACACAUGUUCAUUUGUGUGAUCAUGUAUAGACCUCAGAACGGAAGAUAGGACUGUAUAUAAUUGUAAUAAAUACCAGUUGCCACUAUUUAA